AUGCACAAUCGUUGCCAGCAGAGCCAACCAAUACUGCAGUCCCUCAUUCGCCCAAACCUUGCCCCUGUCCGAGUAAAAGUUAUGUCCCAUGCUAUGUCAAAGGCAGAAUCACCGCUGUACGACUCUGCAACGGUCUUGGAUCCUCUCACCGCCAAGCUCUGCCUUUUCACAACCAACUACAUCACCGUCGAUACAAUCAACGAGUGUGGGUUUCACGAGCAGAAUAAGCUUAGUGCUGCAAAAAGACCCCUACUCCUGGGCGAGCUCCAAGAAGUCCUGUCCACAAGUGCUGAUGAGAACGCAGCAACGCAGAAACGCAGGUACCCAAUUAGUGCGGGCACUUUAAGCAGAUUGAAGAACUGUCCAACACUGUGCACCGCGCGAGCAAGAUUCCCCAUGCAAAUACAAGGUGUCCGUGGUCAGAUGGAGAUGGCUGACAACUCUGUUGGUGGAUUGUGUGUAAUCUACUUGGACGGGAACGAUUUCGAGACGGCAAACCGGUAUCUGGCUUGUGAAAUAAUGCUCCUACACCAGCACGAUGCUAAUGUCAAUGCUGUCGAUGAUCAAGUCCGGCCAGCGUCGCACGAGGCUAUCACCUAA